AUGCUUCGCAGACACAGCGGCAAGUCCAAAUCGGACCUUCAUCGUCGCAAAUCAACGACCUCGGUCCGCAGCGUACACCUCGAGCACAUUGACGCCGCGAUUGCCCAGAGGGACGCCCGGACCGCUGCAAUGGAGGCUUUCUCAAGGGCUCAAGGCCGUCUGUCUGCCGAAAGUUCUCUAUUCCCUCCACAGCCAGCCUCCACGAGCAAGGCAAAUCAAAGUCCUGGUGGGCUGUCCCGUGUCGACAGCACGGCCAGUCUUCGCAGCGAAGACAAAAGGCAAGGCCCGGGACGAAGACAGAGCGUCCGUUUUGUUGGCCCCAACUCCGGUCUUCAAACACGUUCGUCUAGGAUCAGCAUGCGCACAGCUAUACCUGAACCUCCCGAGAUCCCGGUUCAUCGCGCCAUCCACCGAUCCCAGAGCGCUCAGAGCAUCAGCUACAUGCCGCGCUCCGUUCUCCACAACCGCCAGAACUUGCAACUGCCAGAUCGAACUUCGUCUGUUGGAAAAACAAUUGUGACACCACAAACUACAAAGGCUGGGCUGAGUCAGGCCUAUCUUCAGGCUCUAAGUCCUGAUUAUGAGCAAUAUACGCCAGAAGAUGACAUUGCAUCUAUGCCCUCAUCUUAUCGACGUGAGAUGACAGAGGAAGGGGAAAUGCAGCGGCUCUCCAUAAUCAGUGAGAAUGGAUUUCAGGACCCAUCGCUCUCUUUGACUCGUCCGGCCAUCGGACUCCAGACGAUCACAUCUCAAGAAGAGUUGGCAGCUCCAGUAGCUCUUCAGUGCUUGCCGCCCGGGACCACGGUGGACAGCCAACGUGUAUACUCAGCUCUGAUAAAAAAGAUGAAUGAGACGCAACAGCUCGCUGGGAUUGUGGAGCAGCAGCGAAAGUCGAGUGGUUGGUCAGAUCCUUUCCGGACACUAUCACCUUCAAGCAGCAUUGGUAGUGAUGACAGCAGCGAUGCUAAUCAGGCGGGCCUGCCUCGACUACAACUGCCGAACUCAGGCGGCCAAGCCAAGGAAUACUCCGGACACGCACGAAAUGAGUCUGAUAAGGCAGAGCUAUCCAACAAAACUAUUCCCACGGGCGUCAUAGAUGAUCAUCGAAGUCUAUCUCCACCGGUACAGCUUACUCCGAGAGGCGGAGAGUCAGUCGCGAGAACCAUCACAGACCGAAGCUCCGCAUUUUUUGGCAGUCCAACUUCUCACUUGUUCCGCACCACGAGUCCAUUCAGAAGAUCUCUCCAGGAAGCCAUGCGGGCUGAGAGAGGACAAACCUCCUCCCAAGAGCCAAAGGAGGCAACUACUAGUGCGGUGUCAUUGAUCAACAAGUCUGAUGCUUACUCUGAAAGCAAUUACUCUUCAGACACUCUCAUUCACAAGACUGAAAUGAAGCAAGGAUUGCCUAGUGUGCAAGAUUUCAACACGGGUGACUCAAGAGAGGAGACAAGAGUCUUCGAACAUGCCCCAACGUAUCGGCCCACAGGUGAGCGUCAAGUUUCCACAGCAAGCUCAAUCGGAUGGAAGACAUGGCUUUCUGCCGAUAUUGCCAAACUGGAGCAAUCGCCCACGAGAGUCAGCGGGCAGUCACCAGAGGUUGAAUACAGGAUCCCUACAAUGCCCAGGUCGCUUGGCCAUGGGCAUGUCCGAGAAGCUGCUCAACUUGGUAGCUGUGAAGAGGACGAGGACAACGCAAAGCUGAGUGUUCGCAUGCCAACGAAUUCGACAACGCCCCUGAGUGCUAUCGACUCGAAUGUGGUCAAUCUCAGCCCUCAGCAGCGCUCAGUUAUGCGAAUGACAACGCCACCUGCAGCUGACUCCCACACCGAUGAAGUACCUACCUGCUUCGAGGGCAAGACCUCAACGUCGUUCUAUGAGGACGAGGCUCCGCGAAAGUUGCCAAUAGAGCCAUUGCGACCACGGAGAGCGCCCUUUGAGACUGAUGGCUCGGCUCGUAAUCAUAGACCCGCCGCUCAUCCACAAACACCCGUUCGAGGACAUGCUGUCAGACAAUCCAAGUCUCUGGCCGGUCUCAAAAGCAUCAGAAUCAGAGAACCACAAACGGGCUCACCGCAGCCACCGGCCUCUUCCACGAUUCGGCUGAUGAGAAAGUCAGCGAGCAAGCUAGCGCUAAAUUCUGCAUCGUCGGCAUCCAGUCCAGGUUUCACUGGUGCCUUUGAGCGCCAGUUUGGGUCCAUCGGCCACCAUCUGGGCCGCCAGCAGGCAGAAAAGGAGAAUCAAAGUCCUCAUGAGGAUGAUACAGAAAAGCAACAAUCUGCCAAAACCAAGUCCCAAUUCAGGGGCAGCAAGGCGAUGGUGGAUCUCUUCCUCAGCAACCGGAGACGUCAGGGAGCGGUUGGUGAUGCUGACGCAUUUGUUUGA